AUGCUGGGCCUCAAGAAGAAACUCUCGGCUCUUGUUCCCGCCGACGCCCGGGGGACCAUCCAAAAAGCCCUCACAGUCGAGUGGGACAGCGGUCACAAAGCCGUCCUCGUCGACCUCUCCCCAGAACGCGAACGGGAACGAGAAAUCGAGAUGUCCUCAUCUAAGGGAUAUGGCCGGCUAGCGGAUGAGGAUGAGGAAGAGGCCAUGUUCCGGAGUUGGGACGAUGCCGAAGUGGAGAGGAAGAUGAAGAGGGAAAAGGAGGACCGGACGCGUCGGAUGGUCGCUGAGGCGCUGGGGGCGCCUAGGAAGGCAGAGAGCGUGUUGGGUCUGGACAACUUUGCUGCGGACCACGACGCACCCCCUCCUCCGCCCAAGAAGGACCGGCAGAAUCCUUUCGCCGCACCGUAUCGGCCUGACGACCUCGGCGCCCUGCGCCGACCGCCGGCACUCAUCAAGAAUUGGGAGGUGAUGAGCUCGGAGCCGAGUCCGACAACUAGUAGUAGUCGGUGGAGCGGGUCUAGUACUGACCUCUCUGCGCAUCCCGACAACCCGUUCCGGUAG